AUGAACUGUAAGAAUCUGCUUUUCUGGAAGAUGGGACUAAAAAUUAAUAUUCCGUGCUUUAAAAAUAUCACUGUUCGUGCUCCUCGAUCUUCAUUCCCCUGGUGUAAAGACCAAUAUGGAGGAAAAAGAACCUCCGCCCAUUCGGCAGACAAUAAUAUUGACCGUGAUUAUCAAAACCAUGUUGCAGAUGAACUUAUAGAAUGUAAAAAAGAAAGCAGUCAACCUCUCGUAAUCGAUGGACAUGACAACAAAAACGGCCCUCCUGAAAAUAUGAAUUCAAGUUACUGUUGUGAAAAUAUAUAUCCGACAAUGAAUGAUGAAACAGAUCAGUCAAAACCCGGAAAAACUGCUGAUUUAAUAGCGCUUUUCGAAAUGUUGGGAAGUCAGUAUGGCAAGCUAUAUCUAGAAAAUCAUGACCUUUUGAAACACCAUCACCAAAGCAAACAAGUAGAAGCUCAACCAAAUAAUAACGACGAUGAUUGUGACAAUAAUGAUAAUCAUAAAGAUACUGGGAAUAAACAAAAACUAAUCACUGAGUCACCGUCUACAGAAGUUGAUUAUUUAGAUAAUUCAGAUGAAGCUACUUUAAGAUUAAAGGAUUCCUUUAGGACCUAUGAAGAACGUCAGAAAUAUAAAUCUAUCAUUCAGGAUGCUCCAUUGUAUCAAAUAUAUACAGAGAAGGCUUCAAUCAGUGAAUCAAGACGUGAUGCACGAAGACUUUUAGCUCUCGUUCAACCUGGCUCUUUGGAUAAUCCAUCAAAUAAUUUAAAAUUUGAUGAUGAAUUAUUUACUGCAAUAGAUGGUGAUGAAUCCGAUCCAAAUAAUCCGUAUUCACAGAAAGUACCUGGUAGUUUGAUAGAUAGUCAGCAAUCAUCGAUUCGUAUGAAAAAUUCUGAGCGAAGAGAUUUGCCAUUUCAUCCACAGAAUAGCGGCUCUUCCUCAUUCAGAUCAAGGAAUAGUGACUCACUGAAAACCUCUUCAGUUAAGCGCGCUCAUUCAAAUUCUAAUGCUAGUGAAAGAAGUGGAAAGCAAAAUUUUAUUUCUAAGCCGCGAAGACAGACUCAAGAAGUUCAGAGUUUCGUGAAUGAAGUUGCUGGAACUGGACCUAAUCGUGUACAGUGGUCUGAAAUGCCUCAAGUGAUCAGCGCAGGUUUGGCCAGAGACCUACCUGAUUAUCAAAAGAAGUUGCAAGAGGCACUGUUUGAAGUUAUAACGUCAGAAGCGUCUUACUAUCGAACCCUGCAUAUUUUAAUAGAAAAGUUUUAUAAAGCUCAGUGUAUGCAGCCAGAUUCUAAAACGUCUGUUAUAACAGCUAUUGAGAAACGACACUUAUUUUCAAAUAUAUCGGAAAUAUUUUUCACUAGUGAAACAUUUCUUCGAGAUAUGGAAUUAUAUUUUAUUCAAAAUCCACUGAUACCUCAAUUAUGUGAAAUUAUAUAUGAACAUACUGAGAAUCAUUUUGAAAACUAUGUAAAAUAUGUACAAAAUCAAAUGUACCAAUUAAGAACACUAACGAAAUUAUUAUCUUCUCCUGCUUUUGUAGAAGCUGUUCGCUCAAUACAGCAACAACCAAGCUGUGGAUUCCUAGAUCUUAAUUCCUUCCUAUUACUUCCAAUGCAACGUGUUACACGUUUACGUCUUUUAUUGACUGCUAUCUUACAUUAUGCUCCUAAAAACGGUGUUACGUAUCAAAGUGGUUUGGUAGCCCUUGCGUCUAUAGAAAAACUUAUAAGUAAAUGUGAUUCAGAAAAAGCUCGUAUGGAACAAAAAGAACGUCUUGUAGAAAUUUGUAGAAGAUUAGAAUACAAAUAUGAUGCAAAGUCUUUGGCUACGGAAAGUCGGACUCUUGUAAAAGAAGGUGAUCUACGUCUUUUAACAAUGACCAAUGUACAGGGUAGCGGAUUCCACCGUCGUUUCAGCAGUAUUCGUAAACCCAAGGCAACAAUAGCAACUCUAUUUCUAUUUAGUGAUUACUUAUUAAUUACCAAAAAGCGAAGUAAUCAGCAUUUGUUGGUUGAAGAUAGUUGUUCGUUGAACUAUAUUCACGUGGAGGCCCAAAAUGCCUUACGGAAUUGUUUCAUACAUCAUUUCUGCCGAUCUGGGGAUCCCAAAUUAAAUGCACAAUUAAGACAUGUGACUUAUGUAAAAACGUUGAGUCUUCCUAAGCAAACUGCUACUGAAAAAGGCAACGUAAUUAAUCAAAAACCACGAAAAUUUUCUACAGAUACAAAUAAUGCAGAUGUUGGGCUCAAUGUAUUUUCGUUUCUCCUAGUAAUAGAAGGCCCUGAUCAUCCACGUGUUCAGUACGUGUUCCAAGCAGAAACACUUUCGAAAAGAGAACGAUGGUUGGAUGGUCUUUCAUGUGGUCGUCAUGGUAUCCCUGAAAAUCUAGGUUCGGACAUCUGCGAAUGUCCUCAAGUACUCAUCACUAAAUCUUAUUCUGCUAUUGAAUGUGAUGAACUAGAAUUAAAAGAGGGAGAUCAAGUUAAUGUGCUUGUCAGCUUAUCAGAUGGCUGGCUCAAAGGAGCAUUACCUGACGGUAGACGUGGAUGGUUUCCAAGUCAUAUUUGUACUGAAGUCAAAGACUCAUCAAUGAAACGUGAAAAUAUGAAAAAUUUUAUGCUUAUGGAAGAAGCUAAAGCAGCCUACAGCGUGAGAAAAAGCCGUGAAACAUUUGAUAGUUUUCCUACAAUGAAAGAUAUUCAAAAUAGUAAUCGAGACUUAGGAAAAAUUAGACCAAGAUAA